AUGUCGCCCCUCUUCAGCAUUCAGCCCAUCCCGGGCAAAGGCAGAGGUCUCAUCGCCAACCAACACAUCCCUCGGGGCACACUCCUCAUUAGCGAUGAACCCCUCCUCACCUUCAGACCCGCCACCAAAGACGGCCGCGCCCGCGCUAUCGAGCUCUACCAGCAGCUCCCAUACGACAAGAAGAUAGCCGUCGAGGCAUUCCGAGAAGGGCAUGGGCGCAUGAGUUUGCGACAAGUGUUGCUCGUUGUCGGUCUGCCGAUUGAGCAGCAAGGGGGUCGAGCGGGGGUGUUUGAGAAUGCUUCCUUGCUCAAUCACUCCUGUAUUCCAAACUGUUACCAUUGCUGGGACGGGGUGAAAGGGCAAGAGAUCGUCCACGCCCUCAUCGACAUCCCCGCCGGCGCCGAGCUCACAAUUGAUUACACCAGCGACGACAGCCUCCUCUUCUACCAGCGCCAAGGGGAGCUUCAAAGACGUUUCCACUUCACUUGCUCAUGUCCCCUCUGCUCCCUCCCUAGAAGGGAGAGAAAGAAAAGCGCUAACCGCCGUCAUCGAUACACCCAACUAGUCGACGAUUUCCUCACCGCCCUCACCGAUUCCAGCCCCAAAGUCGCCAUGGGCCUGCCCAAAACACUGUUCAAACUCAUCGAGAAAGAGUCUCUCUGGUCCCAUCUAGGGGCGAGGUACGCAGACGGCUUCCAGCUCUGCGCCAUGCACUCGGACGUCUUUCGAGCCCAUGCAUGGGCGCGCCGUGCUAAACAGGCAUAUACCAUCGCGCGGGGGACAGAUAGCAAAGAUGCAAAGGGUAUGGCGCUACUGGAGAAGGUUCCUGAAAGGUUUGGGCUCUUUGGGACGUUGUGUAAGAUCAAGAUGUACCCGCCAGGCGCGUUGUUUGUCCCCUCUUCUGCGAAGCAAGCUUUUGCAAAUGGAGUACCUUCUUCCUCUAUCACAUCUCCUAUCGCCUCUCUUGCCCCUCCCGCCGUCAGCCAUCAGACUAUCCCCCCAGCCGCCAAGCUCUCCAAGGGUCAGAGGAAGCGUGCUCGCGCCAGGGCAGCUAAAGAAGCCACCACCGCCACUAUACUCACCACCUUCACAUCCAACCCCUUCACUCCCCUUUUUCUCUCCUCUUCUCCCUCCACCACCGGUGAAUCCUCCAACGAGUCCGAUGAUGAAGAAGAAGACGUCAUCAUAGAGCUCGAUGCCGCCACUGCUGUCCAUCAUCAAGAAGACGACGGGCAGGAGGAGGAGGAGUCGAGGUUUACAGAGACGGAGAUGGCUGAGAUGGAGGAUCUCUGCAGGAUGAUCAUGGAGGUGUCAAUCGCUGAGAGUGUGUGGGAGGUUAAGGAUGAGAUGAUGGGGCUUGGUGGGCUGCUUGGUGAGUGGGACUGGUAA